AUGGAGUUGUUGCGGGAGCUGUUGCGGGAAGAGACCAACGAGGAGGAGGAGGAGGAGGAGGAGGAGGAGGAGGAGGAGGAGGAGGAAGGGGAGGAGGAGGAGGAGGGUGAGGAAGGGGAGGAGGAGGAGGAGGGUGAGGGGGAGGAGGCCGAAACCGAGGCGGUGGAGUGUAAAGUCAUCUUGCCGACGGGCGAUGUUGCUAUAGUCGGAGCCCGGAGCGAGGAAGCGAUGAAUGAGGCAGGAGGAGAUGCAACUUGGUAUUCAAAAGGGCGGGCGCCGGGGAUAGGCGAGGCAAAGGGCACGCACCGACGGACGGCGGGCGCGACCGACCUCUGCGGAAGUGGGAAGGUGCAGGUGAGGCGAGAGGAGGAGGCGGUGGCGGGUUACACGUAUGCGUUUGCUUCCUCAGGCCGACAAGAACGCACGGCAGAGGACGAGGACGAGGGCGAGGGCGAGGGCGAAGGGAGGGUGCGGCUGGGCCUGUUUGGUGGCCAACAAUGA